AUGGCUUAUCAGAAAGCAUCUGCCGACGAUGCUUCAUCUCCAGAUCCCGCAGAUCGCUCGGACUUGACUCAUCCUGGACCUGAUUCUACUUUGCAUUCUCGAAACCCCUUCCGAAGACAAAUGUCCUCUCCCGAUUCCAACAUACAACUUCAUGACGUUGAUAUUGGCAGAGAUGGAGUUGGGAACGACACAAGGCUUACCAACAAGGGACUGGGUAUUCUCGCUGGCUAUGGGAAAAGCGAGUACAGUCCAGUGGCAAGUAUGCCAACGGACAGCAGCAAUGCCACUCAAAGUGGAUUAUCACCAGCUAUGUCAAGUCCUGGUUUUCCCAGAGCACAACUUAGCAGGAAAGACACCAGACAGAGCAUGAGAAGUGUUGCCUGGGAUGUUUCAGGGGACCAAGGUUCGCUUAACUCGUCGCCGUACCUUCCAAAUAUUUCGUCUUCGGACCGAGAGUUAUUGAGUCCAUAUAAUUCCCCCCAAGCCUUCGAGUCCGGGCUGCCCCAAUUCGAUUGUCAGACGGACCGCGCGAUCAUCAAAGGCCGAUGGUCAUGGCUCUCGGUCACCUUGAUCCUGCUGGCAGCUUAUUCAACAGUGUUUUCUGCUAUCUUCCUGGUGAUUGCCCUGAUCGAGCCACGAUGGGGAAAGAAUAUCGGCACAAAUGGCCACAUGACUAUUUCAACCGCAUCCCUCCUGAGCGCAGCCUUUGCCAAAACCGUCGAGCUUUCCUUCGUUACGGUCUUUGUGGCUUUUCUUGGUCAAGUCCUGAGCCGUCGAGCGUUUUUAGCCAAGUCCAAGGGCGGUGGUAUUAGUAUUGCGGAGAUGAUGUUGAGGGGAUGGAUCAUGCAGCCAGGCACUCUUAUCACCCAUUGGGAAGCAGUACGAUAUACUGCAUUGAGCUUCAUUGGCAUGGCGGCUUUGAUUGCUGCUAUUGUUGCCAUGUUUUACACUACAGCCGCCGAAGCCUUAGUUGCUCCCAAACUUCGACUUGGUCCGUUUGAGAACAAGGUCCUAUACGGCAAAGUGUCGGCCUCUUUCGCCAACUCCACCUACCUGGCCGGCAAAUGUCCGACACCUAUCGAUGUCAACGUCGAUAAAGAUAAAGGAACAACCUGCCUUCAAAUUGAACACGCUGGUCAAGCCUUCCACAAUUACCAGAUUUAUUUGGACGACUGGGCCCGUCGCGUGGAUAGCGGAAACGCGAGCAGCGUCGAGUAUGCAGGAAGGCCACCCCCGGUUGGCGUGAUGUACGAGAACACCAGAGUGCAAGGCCAAUGGAUUACCCCAAGUAAUGAGAACAUCACUGCUGAUUCGACCUCGAGACUCGUGCAGAACGUGACAAUGGCAAUGCCUCAUGCCAAUGUUUACCGUGCGGCGCGGGACAGAAUCAAUGACAUCAUGCAACCUCAAGACCUGAACCAGGGCAACGACCAGGGCAACGACCAGGGCAACGGUCAAUAUACUAUCAGAGCGUCGGUACCAGCCCCUGCUGUCAACAUCCUCUGUGCUGGUGUCACGGAAGAUGAUGUCAAGAGCCUGAUUUACGUCACAUGGCCUACCAACAAUGGUACAUUUAAUGCCAGUACAUGGACCAGCCAGACACCUAGUGACAUGAUUCACCCACCAGAUUAUCCCAAUGCGACUGCCAUCGACGACCUCUUCGGUUUUGGACCCGAAAUGGGCGAAGCACGACAACGAGCUCCGAUUUUCCCCAAAUUGCCGCUUCCAUACAAUACCAUCGUCAAUGGGACAGGAUUAUGGCCGUCGCACUCGGUUUACCUUUUGGCUGCCUCCCCACCCGAGCUUCAGACAAGCCGUUAUCUCUUUUGCUCCCUUAAGGCAAUGCAGUAUCCUGGCUGUACGACUCAAUACCAAGCGUCAAUAGCUGGUGGUCAGUUGACUGUUCAUUGUGGUCAAGACGAUGCAAAAAACUCGUUGCCCUAUCAGAAGUCCCAGCCCGAUGCUACUUCGGGAAAUUGGGCUCCUGAUUGGAAGAAUGUUGCCUCGGAAUGGUUGAAUGCCUUAGCCCUGGGACACGGAAUAUCCGAUGGUGCUGCUUCCAAUGCUCGGCUAUUGACACAGUUCAUUCCAGAAUGGAACAAUCAAAGCGGUGCAGCUUCACUAAGUCCCACAUUACCUUCGAUCGGUGAAGCUCUGGGAGUGCUGGCGGGAUGUACCCUUAUGCUAGCCUCCGAGUCGUCACCAUUUAUCCAUUACUGGAACUAUUCAGAAACAUCGACUCUCUGGAAAAGUCCGGAGUAUCAGGCUUUCAACGCUUCGUUGGAGUACGUCGACUACGCUUCUGGAUCCUCCGAGCUGUGGCAAAAGAGUUUCUAUGUGGUGCUAGUGACAGUGUUUGUUGCAAAUUGUCUCUGCUUGGCAUAUCUGAUCUGGACACUCCGUACUGAAGGUCAAGUCACCGAUUACACCGAGCCUCAGAAUCUUUUCGCUAUUGCCAUCAACUCCCCACCCUCACGAAGCCUUUCGGGUGCAUGCGGAGCAGGACCUGAAGGUGAUAUGCUCCGCAAGAAGUGGGAGGUAGACAUGCAGAAACAUGGAGGAGGUAGAACAGGCCAUCCGCACUUCUAUGUUAAAUUCCGAGACGAUGAUCGUAUGGAUGCAUUUCAGAGGGUUCGGCAAAGAAAGUCCCGAUCGAGUUUGCGGGCCAUGGAGGAUUUUGAGGUAGCUGAGAGCCCAGCGGUCGAACAAUAUUCAAAGCUUGCGAGUAGAAGGAGAACACUUCUCUAG